GAGGGCCCCAGGGGAGAAAAGAGCGGGGCAGCGCAAGAGGAGACGGGAGGGCACACGCACAGGGCCGCACGUGCCCGCAUCCCACACGCAGGCUGACUCCGUCCCAACACCCACGCACUGCCUUUCAAACAAGCUGGCACGGACACCCUGACAGUUUACAACACCGUCACACCCCUCGUGCUUGCAGGCGCCCGCGCCCGCGCGCGCGCACACACACACACACACACACACCCCUUCCACCGACCGCUCCCACCAGGACCCCAGAGUUGGACGCGCUGCAGAGCCUACCACCACCACCCCCCACCCCCGCCCCUCCUCCUGGAGUGCUGGGUUUUUCCAGCCGGAGCCUCACUCCCUCUACUGCAAUCUCGGGGAAAUUGGUGUCUGACGCGGCUGCUCCAGCACGUUAUUUAUUGAUUUACUCUGUCCCCCGGGGAGACCCUCCUGUCAGGAGAGCUGCGACCCGGAACUGAGGGAGGCGGGAAGCGGCGGGGCCACGGGUGGCGGGGCAGAGGGGAUGGAGACGAGGACGGUUCAGCAGCCCCCGCCCUGCUCAUCAAGCUCCGGGAGCCCCGCAGGGGCCACCCGGCAGGAGGCCAGAAGAGUGGAGGGAGACUCCAGGAGGAGGGGACAGGAGGCAUCGCUUCGCGACCGAGCCCCCCUGAGCCAGCAGCGCCGGCUCAGACAGGCCACCCAGUUCCUGCACAAGGACUCUGCCGACCUGCUCCCCCUGGACAGCCUCAAGAGGCUCGGCACCUCCAAGGACUUGCAGCCGCACAGUGUGAUCCAAAGACGCCUGGUGGAGGGAAACCAGAGUCGGUUUCAGGGGGAGUCUCCCCCCGCGCAGGCCCCGAUUCACAGUCAGGAGAGCAGGAGGAAGACCAGCAAGACACAGAUUCCUGCUCUUCUGGUGAACUGCAAGUGCCGAGACCAGGAGCUCCGGGUGGCCGUGGACACAGGCACCCAACACAACCAGAUCUCGGCUGGGUGCCUCAGCCGCCUGGGGUUAGGGAAGAAGGUCCUCAAAGCCCCAGGUGGGGACGUGGCACCUGGGCCCCCCACGCAGGUGGAGCAGCUGGAGCUACAGCUGGGCCAGGAGACGGUGGCCUGCUCAGCCCAGGUUGUGGACUCUGCUUUCUCUCAAGUGCUGCAUCGACCUCGAGCAUGGAGUGCUGCGGCUGAGGGCCCCCUUCCCAGAGCUGCCCUUCCUGCCUCUGUACCAAGAGCCUGGCCAGUGACUGAUGAACCAGUCAGUCCCCGGGGGAAGGACCUUGCCUCGGGGAAGAGCCAUGUUGGGGAAUGGGGCAUUACUAGAGCCAGUUACCUGGGACUAUCACGUCUGUCCCUUCUGUCACCACCCUGACCCUGCCGUCCCAUUGGCCUCAGUCAGCCACAUUCUUCUCUGCUUCUCAGCAACUGCCCAAUCCUCCAGAAGACUUCCAGAAAGAGGGCCCAUGAUCUCAGGGGACUGGCCUCCCCGUUCCCCUCCAAAUCAGGACUGUGGAAAAGGAUGUAAGCGUGGCGUGGUAGGAACUGGUCCAAGUCAAAGGCUGCAGCCCGUACUGUCCUUUACCUGCCUCCAGAUCCACCCCACACACCCCUCGGUGGCCUUCACUCCCAUGCCUCUCCCUUCCCCUCCUGGGGCUUAGUACCUCUUGCAACUAGACUGCCACAUCUCACCCACCAGGGGUCCUGUCCCUGCUGCUGCCUGCCUUUCUGAUUCUGCGCACAUCUGCUCACAGCUGAGUGGGGGAAGAAACAGGAAACAGAAUACUCCGGUACAGUAGAAAGGCGAGUUGGCAGAGGAGCUUCAGAAGCUUUCUCAGUUACCUUUCCUGGGAUUGCAAAUGUCGGAAGUCAGUUAUUAUUUGAUUUCCCUGUGCAAAACCUUGGGUGUACCUCUAGCAUUUCUCCAGGUGUCUCUCCUCCUCCACUUGCUUUUUUACACUUCAGGGGGAUGGAGAGGAACCCUGUUGGGAACUGCCCCUACAAGGUGGACAGGAUGGCAGGGCCUGGCCGUACUCAGACUUGGAACCUAACCAGUAGUCUUUCUUAUUUCUAGAACUACUCACCUCAUUAGACGUUCUUCCUUCCCCUCAUCUCUGGCCUCCUGAGCUUGAGCUUGUCUUAUUUUGGAAUCUUAUUUUGAUCCCUUGCCAGGCUCUGAGCCAAAGCACAAAAACAAGGAGGCUUUUCAUCUUCACUGUAAAGAGAGGAACCCAAACCUUAAGGAGCCAGACACCCUGAGCGUCUUUCUGGCAGGUUUGAGUCUCUCAAGUCACGGACGAAGGGGAGAGGAAGACAGUGGUGUAACUAACCUCAGCUAGGGAACUAGGACGUUGGGGUGGAAACAAGAUUGUGAGCCUGGGGUAGAUUAGAGAACCAGCUGCCCUGUGACAUCUGGUCUUGCCUUUCCCAGCUGAGUCCCCUGACCUCAAGAGAAGAGGAGGGGGCUCACUACCACGCGUGUAAUGUGGGUACCCUGGUCCCUCACUGCCUUGCCCCAUAACCUCUGCUUUCCUGGCUCUGCUUGUUCCUUCCUGCCUCCUGCUGCUUCUAUAACUGCAGACCCCAGACCCAGUGGCAGGCCUUCAGCCCAGCUGCUUCUCCACUUGAAUAAACACCUGUUUCUCUAUGCUCA